CUUCGUGCGCAUGUCGGUCAGUCGGUGCGCGAAUGUGCGUUGAAUCGGUCGUGUUUCGCGCCGCAAUCAUAAACUCCUUUGUGACGUAGGGGCAUGCUCGUUUAGUUUGUCGCCCAUUGUGUUGAUACAAUCAUGAAAGUGGACAAAGAUAGCAGCCUUGCGGGGCCAGUGGAUACUAAACCAAUUCUCUCCGACAGGAAGGGGAGUCUCAAGGUGACUAUUACCCCAGCGCAACAUAAGACCCUCACACACUUGCCGAAACGACCACCAGUGGACUUGGCGUUCACAGACCUUACAUACAGGGUGCAUGAAGGAAGAAAAAGCAAUGAGAAAAUAAUUCUCAAGUCCGUGUCGGGUCGGCUGCGGUCCGGCGAGCUGACGGCCAUCAUGGGUCCGUCCGGCGCCGGCAAGUCCACGCUCCUGAACAUACUUACUGGAUACAAGACAUCAGGAAUGGAGGGCAGUAUCACGGUGAAUGGUAUGGAGCGUAAUCUGUCCAGCUUCCGAAAGCUAUCUUGCUAUAUCAUGCAGGACAAUCAGUUACACGGUAACCUGACAGUCGAGGAGGCAAUGUCGGUUGCCACCGCGCUCAAGUUGCCUACUGCCACAACCAGGACUGAUAAAGAUGAAGUGAUCCGAGAAAUCCUGGAGACCCUCGGUCUCUCCGAGCACCACAAAACAAUGACGUCAAAUCUCUCCGGAGGUCAGAAGAAGCGUCUAUCCAUAGCUCUGGAGUUAGUCAACAACCCUCCUAUCAUGUUCUUUGAUGAACCCACUUCAGGGCUGGACAGUUCCUCAUGUUUCCAGUGCAUCUCUUUACUGAAGACAUUGGCGAGAGGGGGACGGACUAUCAUUUGCACUAUUCACCAGCCCUCGGCUCGUCUUUUUGAAAUGUUCGACCAUCUGUACACGCUAGCUGAUGGUCAAUGUGUUUAUCAAGGCAGCACUGGGAGAUUGGUGGAAUGGCUGGGCAGCCUGGGUCUGCAGUGCCCCUCCUACCACAACCCGGCCUCCUUCAUCAUUGAGGUGUCAUGCGGAGAGUACGGAGACAACACGGGCAAGCUGGUGCGCGCUAUUGAUAACGGCAAACAUGACAUCAGAAAUGGCAUGCCCUUCCCCGAUGCCAAGUUACCAGACUUCAAUAACAAGAAAGACAUGGAGUCGUCACUCAAGUCUGCCGGACAAUGGAAUAAGAACGACCUCUCCCAGGUCCAGGAGAAGUUCAGUGAUGAUCACAAGGAGGUGAACGGCACCAGCAACCUGCAAAAUGGAUUACUACAGUAUGCUGCUAAUGAAAUUGCUAAGGGCAAAGCGGGUGAACCUAUCGUAGUACAAAUGGAUGCAGAGAAACCAGAUAAUGUUGAGGAAGCGUUGCUGGGAGACGUGGCCUCUCCGCGCCGGUAUGCCACAUCCGAGCUGACGCAGUUCUGGGUCGUGCUGAAGAGGACUUUGUUGUUCAGCAGGAGGGAUUGGACGCUGAUGUACCUGCGUCUGUUCGCGCACAUCCUGGUGGGCUUCCUGAUCGGCGCUCUCUACUACGAUAUCGGCGAUGAUGGCUCCAAAGUGCUCUCCAACCUCGGCUUCCUCUUCUUCAAUAUGCUCUUCCUCAUGUACACCUCCAUGACCAUCACCAUUCUCAGCUUCCCAUUGGAGAUGCCAGUACUUGUGAAGGAACAUUUCAAUCGUUGGUACUCGCUGCGAUCCUACUACCUGGCCAUCACCGUCUCUGAUAUACCAUUCCAGGCAAUAUUCUGCAUAAUCUACGUGGUGAUCGUGUACCUGCUGACCUCCCAGCCGCUGGAGUGGUCGAGGUUCGCGCUCUUCCUCGGCUCCUGUCUCCUCAUCUCCUUCGUAGCGCAGAGUGUCGGCCUUGUUGUUGGUGCUGCUAUGAACGUACAGAACGGCGUAUUCCUCGCGCCAGUGAUGUCAGUCCCGUUCCUGUUGUUCAGCGGCUUCUUCGUGUCGUUCAAUGCGAUUCCAGUGUAUCUGCGCUGGAUCACAUAUCUCUCUUACAUAAGAUACGGCUUUGAAGGCACCGCACUCGCCACGUACUCCUUCAACCGCACCAAGCUGCAGUGCCACCAGACGUACUGCCACUUCAAAGAUCCAAACACGACGUUGGAAGAACUGGACAUGCUGGACGCGGACAUAACCCUGGACAUCGCGGCUUUGUGUCUCAUCUUUGUCGUCCUCCGUGUCUCCGCCUUCCUAUUCCUGCGCUGGAAACUCAGAUCCACGAGAUAAAUUAUUUUAAACCUUAUCUCACUGUAUUUAGAGUAUAAAUUAUUAUAAAACUCAAACUCCUUUGAAACAUUAUAAGGUUAGAGUAGAGAGAUGUAACUUGGCAAUAAUUGACAGAAUUCCACUGACCUCUAUAUUGUACUGGACAGGCUAUAAGACGUUAUAUUUUGUGCCUAUUUGAUUUUCGACGGUAGGAAA